AUUAUAUCUGAACAUAGGAAACCAACAUUACACGUAGGCAACCCACAUUACACAUACAAAAAUACCCAUUAUUAUCAUAUGAACGAAACCACCUCAUUUACAUAUGCUAAUGUAUUGUUUUUAAAAAUAAAAUCCUUUAUAUUUAUAGGUAGGUACUGUUUCUUUAAAUGAAAUUGAUAAAAACUUGAUGACUUUUAUUCUUUGUUUUUCUAUGAAUCAUAGGGGAUCAGAUGUUAGCUGUCAAAAUAUAAGUCGUGUUUAUUUGUUAAUUUGCGUUGUUUAAUAAUAUUAAUACGUGAUUAAAUCGUUGUAGAUGUAAGAUUAUAAUAUACAAGAUGCCAAUUUUGUAUAGUGUUGUGUGUAGAGGUAGCACGGUUUUAACCAAAUAUGCUAGUUGUGCUGGUAAUUUUUCCGAAGUUACCGAACAGAUUAUAUCAAAAAUACCCCCGCAAAAUGAAAAGUUGACAUACUCACACGGAAACUACUUGUUUCACUAUGUAUCUGAGAACCAGAUUGUGUAUAUGUGUAUAACCGAUGAUGAGUUUGAACGCUCCAGGGCGUUUUUAUUCCUCAACGAAAUUAAACGUAGGUUUUUGUCGCUGUAUGGCCCCAGUGCUUUAACAGCCUUUGCUUAUGCUAUGAAUUCGGAAUUUUCGAAAAUAUUAGCGACCGAAAUGAAACACUACUCAGAAUCUCACGACGUUGAUACAAUUUCGAAGGUACACAGUGAGUUGGACGAGUUAAAAAACAUAAUGGUGAAAAAUAUUGAUAAUGUAGCGAUGAGGGGUGAAAGGCUUGAAUUGUUGGUGAAUAAAGCUGAAAACUUAAACUCUGGGUCUGUUACAUUCCGCACUACAUCGCGUAAUCUGGCAAGAUCGAUGUUCUGGAAGAAUGUUAAACUCUAUGUUGUUAUAGGUCUGAUUAUUACUGUGAUUAUCUAUAUUAUUAUUUGUUUUGCCUGCGGUGGUUUAUUGUGGAAGGGGUGUGUUGCAAAAUAAAUUGGACUUUAUUAUUUUAUUUUAUUGAUAAGACAUUUAUUAAGUAUUUUUUUAAUUAUAUAUAACUUUUACUACCAUUCCUUCUGGCAUUAAGUUCUAUUCUUGUAGAUAAAUAUAUUAUUAUAGAAA